UUGGUGUUGCAGCUGUGCUGUAAAAUAGUUAUUUUUGCUGAAAAUGUUGCUAGCUUUCAUCAUUUUAAACCUUCUUCUUCCUGUAGACAAUAAUGAAUACUGUCUUGAGGGUGAAACACCCUUACAGCAGAUGUGCUUAAACCGUAUAAAGCUUGGUUACCCAAGACCACGUUUUCCCGGAGACAGUUACCCGUACUGUGUUGAUGUGGUUGGAGUACAUCCUCCACCUCUUUCACUCCUUAAACCUGACUCUGAGGGAAAGCUAACUUUCAAGGUCCAGUUCUCAAGACCUGUGGUAUACGCCCCUGACACACAGUACUAUGAGAAUAAUGAAUUUAAACCGACUGUAACUAAGGAUGCAUACCUCACUCCUAGUUUGUCAAAGAUGCAGAAAGUUGGUGGACCUAUUUCAGUGAGUUAUACCGGAGAUUCAUACCUGUGGAGGAAAUAUGUCUUUCAGUUGACUCAAGACGAGAUUAAAAUGCUAAGUAAACUUUAUCUUGUUAUUGACGGGGAGCAGCUUUAUGUGGAGUCAUACUUGCUCCAUGGAGUAAUGACGACUUUUGUCCCUUUAUCAAUAUUUGGUGAGUAUUACAUUGACCCUGCACUAGCUGCUGGUAAAACUCCAAGGCAAGUUCGGCAAACUCCUCACUGUUAUGAGAGAUAUAGGAGGCCGUUGCCAGAUCCUUAUUAUGAAGAUCAUGUUCAUUCACAAAUAUCUAUCUCAGUUGCAUCUGAUCCUCAGGCACACUCUCUUUCAAAUAAUGAUGAACUUCGAUUGACUCUUAAAGCCUUUGGAGCUGGCGAUAUGAGUAUACAACUACCAGAAAGAAUCAAGGGAGUCUACAAUGGAAUUAACGUGAGCAUUGGCAUCCCAGCCGGCCAGGUAAUAAGAAUAAAUAGAAAUGAUGGUUAUCACAGAAUACCAACCAAGACUAAGAUCAUUCACGAAGUAUACGAGCGUGUGUAUCAUACUCGAGCAGUCCUACCUGUCCAGCGGCGUGGGUUUACCUCUCACCUACCUGAACCAAACUAUCAAGACCUCCUGAACCUUGACAUCCAGAAUGGGAUCUACACAUUAAGAGCUGCACAAACAAGUUUCCUCCUCUUUAUUGCCGUCCCAUUUUCAGGAAACAACUAUGCAUUCUACUCAAGAGAGGGAGGGAUCUGGAGGUUGAAGUCGGACCCGUACGGCCCUAAUGCAAAUUUUAGGUUUUUUGAGCGGAAUUAUAAUGUACCGGCGUUUUAUUCCAGGGAGUGUGAUGCUGAUUCUAUUCGCACAAGGCCCACAAUGAAAAGAGGACUAACGGUCCAUACAUAUGAGCUUGGAACUCAUUAUAGAUUAAUAGAGCCUGAUAUAGAUGCUCCUGAGAGAUGGUAUACAUACAGGAAAACCAAAAUAUACUUACAGUCUAAAGAUAUUACUGCACUUGCAUCGUUUGGAGUUGGAUCUGGUUUUAAUGUUAAAUUGAUACCAAAGUUCUUGUAUGAUGCACUGAGCAAAUAUGUUGUACUCCUACGUCCAUUUAGUCAACAAAAUUGGAUGGUACUGGCACUGGAUGAGGGGAUAUUUGUCCCAAGAUCCCAGCUACACAAGAACUGCGGCGGCAUACUGAUGUUUGAGAAUGAGAACUAUAGAGAAGGAAAUGACUUCUGUGAGAAAAAAAUGGGGUCAUGUACUGGUCUCCCAUGGACGUCAACAGAGCGCUUCCCGGUGAUACCUCCAUUUGGUGUUCCCGAAUUUGCAGGAUGGACAUACAACAGGUCUAAAAUGGAGUCUACCUCGUACUUAGGAUAUGUAAUACAUCCACUCAAUUAUCACUUUGAGGAUUGGUUGCAGUCUGUACCUAAAGCAAUUUACCAUUAUAGAAAUAGGAGAGGAUACAUAAUUAUCACGGGCCAAGACGCCACUACUGACUACAUUACUGUUCCAGUCAGUGGAGUGAAACUUCUAGUAAAUAAUUUACUAUUAUUGUUAUUUAAUUAUUUUUGCUCUGUAGCUGGGUUUUCCACAAAAUUUUCCACAAAAUAAAAACUCUAUCCUUGCCAUAUUUGAUGAAAUUUGACAAUGGGAUAUUUUUUUCAAAUUUUUGAGCAACUUUAAAAAUCCACUGACAAAAAUCCUGUGGGAAAACCUGCUUUGAAGUUCAAUUUUUGUCUCAUAUAGUCACCUAAUCUUGACUUUUCAAGCUGCAAUAAAGUUUGGAGCAUUAAUAAUGUUUUACAGCGUGAGACUACACUAACGAUAUACCUGAACAAUAAUGGAUUGGGAGGUGCUGAUGUGACAGUUAAAGUUCUAUGCACAAGAGGUCUUAUUGUUAUACCUUCUAAUGGAGUAAAGACACAAUGGGUUGAAGCAAAAACAAAUGUUAGGGUCACUUUUAAGCUUGAUGCAACUCUAGUGGCUACAAA